UUUCAGCGUAAUUUCUUUCUGCUUCAUUCUCCCGAGUUUGUGCUGCUGCUGGUUUUCUACUGAAGGCCUCGCCGAUUCACGGCGUCGCCGUUAUCGUCAACGUCGCCUGCCAGCCGAUCGCAUUCCGUGGCAGCAGCUUGACUAGCUGACAUGGCGCUCCCAGCAGCGGUCAACGCCAGCGCAGUGCUCCUUCCUGCUGCUGCUGCCGCCACGUGGCAGCACGCCAGCGUGGCGUCAGCGCCGAGCAACACUCGGAUGAUCCCCGCCGCAUCCGCGUUUUCUACUAAUGGACCUUUUUCCCGGGGGGAACGGAGGGGAAGCAUUUUGAGGGGGAGAAAAGAUCCGAUUUCGGGGCGGCUAGUAGGGGCGGCAGGGGAAUGCGGAUGGGGUAGGGGUCGGGGCGGGAGGUCGGUGCGUGUGCGGGCGGACGGGGGGACAGCGGCGACGGAGACGACAGCUGGCAGCAGUGGAUUCAUGGAGCGGAGGGAGGAGGAGAUAGCUGCGAUGGUGGAGGAAGUCAUGUCCAUCUUGGCUCGCGACCACCCCUCCCUCCCCGUGGGCGAGUACGGCCGGGACGAUGACACCAUGCUGCGAUGGUUCCUCAAGGACCGCAAGUACAAAGUCGAACCCACUGUUGAGAAGCUCGCUAAAGCCAUUAAAUGGCGCCACGAGUUUGGCGUGGCGGCGCUGACAGCUGCUGACGUGGCAGAGGAGGGUGCCACGGGGAAGGCGUUCCUUCACGAGCACGCUGACGUGGAUGGGCGACCCGUAAUCGUCGUCGUGGCGGCGAAGCAUUUCCCCGAUUCAUCUCGCCUGGUGUACAGCCAGCAGCUGUGCUCGUAUUUAAUCGAGAGGGCGAUCGAGCGGCUGCCUGAAGGCACGGAGCAGUUCCGGGGGAUAUUCGAUUUGAGGGGCUUCACUGCUAAGAACACUGAUCUCGCGUUUGUUGGGUUUAUGAUCGAUGUGUUCUUCAACUACUAUCCCAAGAGAUUGCACCAGGUUCUCUUCGUUGAUGCACCAUUCAUCUUUCAACCUGGCUGGAAGGUUAUGAAGCCUCUUCUCAAAUCAUAUGCCGACCUGGUUGUCUUCUGCAAGGCUGAGGAGGUCAGAGACAAGUAUUUUCAACCUGGUCAAGCACCUGGGUCAUUUUUUUGAAGACUUUCUGUUUGCUGAGUGUAAUGCCUUGUUUGCAUUCAUAGUGCAUUGCAACUCUCUAGGAUUCUACUCCAGCUAAGCAAGAGGAGAGCUCAUGGAUUGCCACUAUGAUAUUCUGAAAUAUAAAACCU